CAACAACUGAAAUCAGCUGUUCAGACGAUUUGUCAGUUUUCAUUGUUUGCCGGAAUAAAUUUGUGAAGUUUGCAAAAGUUGUUAACUGUGAAAGAAGUAAAAGGAAAGCAAGAAAUUUAAAAUGACACAAGAUAUACUAAUGAAGAAUGACGAACCCACGACUACAAAUGAUGCCUCGCGUAAUCAGCUGAAGCAGUAUUGUGCGACUGCGAAAUCCUCUAUUGGCAGCCAACUAUUGGAUGUGGUUCGCCAAGUGCUGGAGGCUCCUUCUAUUUAUGUAUUUGGCGAACUGCUUGCAUUGCCCAACAUACAGGAGCUUAAAGAUGGUAUUCACUCCAAGUACUUGAAUACACUGAAUCUAUUUGCUUACGGUACUUACAAACAAUACCGUCAACAGCCUGGCGAAUACCUAGAAUUAACCGCUACAAUGCAAAAGAAGUUACAACAUUUGACUAUUGUUUCUUUGGCUAUUAAAAACAAAUGCAUCCCUUACGAAGUGUUGUUGGAGGAGUUAGAAAUCAAUAAUGUACGCCAUUUGGAGGAUGUUAUAAUUGAAGCAAUUUAUGCCGAUAUUAUACACGGCAAACUUUUCCAAAAUAAUCGUUUUCUCGAAAUCGAUUAUGCUCAAGGCCGUGACAUUCCGCCUGGCUAUACCUCCAAGAUCGCCCAAACCCUAUCGCAGUGGGUGGAGUCGUGCGACGCCAUCUCCAAUUGCAUUGACAUGCAGAUAACACGCGCCAACUCGGAGAAGGCACGCGGUCUGAAGAACAAGGACCACAUCGAACAGGAGAUAAUUAAUUUGAAGAAAGUUUUGAAGACACAAAUCAGCGACAACGAUGAUUCUAUGCAAAUCGAUACGCGCGAAUCAUCCAGCUUGGAUCUACGUCGGAAGCCCUUCAAGACGAAAGGUUCACGUCUUCAUCACGCACCCAUGGGUAAGUUAACAGGCAAGGCCACAACGUCCACAGAUGCAGUUGGCAGCGCUGCCGCCGUCGAAAGUGAGGGCGAUAGCGACAGGGGAGUUGCCAAUGUUACCAUGGCGGCUGCAAGCACGAGCUCCCUCACCAGCACGUGGUUGAAGGCAUUCACACAAAGUUUUGACAGGGAGUAGGUUUGGCAGUCGCUGCUGCUGCUGCCGGGAAGGGGCAGCACAACAAGCUUUCAUCAAAUUCAACUUUUUGCCAUACUAACAACUUGUUCGCCUAACGGUCAAGCGUUCGUCAAUUGUGUGCACCAGCUUCAUUUAAUGGCUUGACAAGAGCCUUCGAGACGACUAGACAGGUUGUAGCGCGUGCAUGGAGACAACCUGGGGGAUGGCUUGACAGCAGCACGUCACACAGUUUCAUUUAAUUAAGCGGCUUCAUUUUAAUUUUGUUAUGCUGAUGGCAGAAAGUUUUUAAUUGUUUACCUAGCCGUGCGGUGAUUACGUUCAUUUUCAUUUCCUUUGCGCGCCCUCUUACCGCGCUUGCUUCUUACACACUCACGACUCGCAUUUUUGUAGUGGCUUAAGAUUUUGUGUGUUUUUUUAAGUCUUGGAUGAACUUUAUUUAAAUGAACAUAAACUUUGUGGUUAAAAACACUGUUCCGUGUAACGCAUUGGCAAAUUCCUUAACGCUAAACUAACAAA